GGUCUGCAGGAUGGCCGCAGCUCCUCAGGCACCAGGGAGGGGCUCCAUUCGGAAGACGAGACCUUUAACUGUGAAGACGUCAUUGAACAACCCGUAUACCAUCCGUUGGAGCCCUCUGGAGAGAGAGGAUAUGCACUUCAUAUUACAGACACUGGAAGACAGAUUUCAAUCUGUCGGACUUCAGAAGGUUGAGGAUAAGAAAAGAAAGAAAAAGCAGCCUCUUUUAAAAAAACAAAGCAAAGACAAAUGUCGCGUGGAUGUUGAUCUCAGUGAGGCUCUGAAGGAGAAAAACCCAGAAGGAAGCCAACAAGCAUCAGGGUGGACUCCCGUCCACGUCAGGAAGCAGCUGGCCAUUGGCAUUAACGAAGUCACCAGGGCUCUGGAAAGGAACGAACUGCUUUUGGUCCUAGUAUGUAAGUCAGUCAAGCCUGCCAUCAUCACCUCCCACCUGAUUCAGUUAAGUUUGAGCAGAACUGUUCCUGCUUGUCAGGUUCCCCGGCUCAGUGAGAGAAUUGCACCCGUCAUCGGCUUAAAGUGUGUCCUAGCCUUGGGGUUCAAAAAGAACACCACUGCCUUUGUUGAUGAAGUAAAAGCUAUCAUUCCCAGAGUGCCCAGUCUAAGUGUACCAUGGCUUCAAGACAGCCUUGAAGACCCCAGGGACAGUUUAGAGACUGAGUCUUUGGAAAGCCAAGACAAAGAGAUUUUGGAAACUUCCUUUGAAGACCUCUCUAAACAUAAGAGAAAGCCCACUGAAGGACAGCAAGCUGUGGUGUUACAACCCCUUAAAAUAAAGAAACUCAUUCCAAACCCCAAUAAGAUAAGGAAACCACCCAAGAAUAAAAAAACGACUUCAAAGUAAUCUCGUAUAAACUUGUCAUUUUGUACAAUUGUAAAAUGACACCUAUGAAAGAGCCUUGAAACUAUUAAAAUGAGUUACUUUUACAUAUA